AUGGAAGAGAGUCUCAGACGCUCGGUCAGAAGCGCAAGCACCCAGUCCGCGGCGCGCGUCGCCCAAAAUCGAGACGCCCAAACGAACCGCGGCCACCCCGAGCAGGGCCUCCGCGGCGCGGCAUCGCCCAGCCGUCCUCGCCGCCGCAUUCAACUCCUCUGGGGCAUGAUGCCAGGCGAUGACCAAUACCGCAUCGUCGAGGAUGAACUGCUGCAAACCGCGCAGAGAUUCACGAUGCACCUGCAUCGCGCCGAGUACACCCGCCUCAAGCUCAUCGCCAAAUCCAAGAAUGAUGCCGCCAUCCGCGAGAUUGAGCGUCCCGUCGUCGGCCCGCUCACGUCUGAUGCCAAGCGACGUCGUGAUCAGGCCAAGCGACUGUCCAAGCAGCGCUCUGUGCUGUCCGCUGCUGGCGGCAGCGGCAGCGCCAACCACCACGAGGGUAGCUCGCCCUGGGUUGGCACGAACCUUGGAGGGCUCCUAAAUGCGCCGCGCACAGAAACUGCUGGUACAUCCCUGGCGCCGCCCCUGGAAUUUGCUGCUGCUACACCGUCGUCGUCGUCGCUCACCAAAGCCGCCGUCGGUCAUCGUCCGCCUCGCCCUGCUGCGCCGGCAACAACACCCCGGCAGCGGUCUUUGCAUGAGGACAGCGUAGCGACUCCCGUUUCGGCGGCGCGCGCACGCCAUCCUGCCACGCCCGCCUCGUCAGGAAGUCAUACGCUCAGCUCCUCGGUGCCAAGCCAACACGCCAAGAUUGAGGCUGAUGCGCCGACUCCUGAGGACGACGAGCUGGAUUUCGAGGAUCCGUUUGGUAUGAACAAGCGACGGUUGGAUCGACAAAAAUCCAGGGAUCAUUUCAGAAAGUCUGUUCGCUCAACGCCAACGAAAACGUCAUCACCAUCAAACACCAUGCCAUCGUUUGUGUGA